GCAUGGCAGACCGUGUUGUGUUCUCCGCAGCUGCUCUUUGUGACACACCCGCACACAGUUCCACACGCUCACCGGCUCACUCAUAUAGGCAGCAAUUCUUCAACACUUUUUUCUUUUCUUUCUAUUGUUGUUGGUGGUAAGCACACAUAGCACACUACAACCGUUUUUUCUCUCUUUCUCUUGCUAUCUUUAGUGCUAUUGCCGCUGCGCACAUGGGUAUCUUUGCCUCCAGGCGCACACACGGCGCAGCGGAGCAGUCGCUGUCGCUCGACGUCGUCGCCAGUCGUCCGAAAUUAGAGCCGCACGACGCCGCGUCCCUCCGCCUCACCUCCCAUGGCACCUACGCCACCUUGGCUGCGCACGUGUACGGCGCUGGAGACCCGGAAACUGGCAUCCAGGUUGCCCUGCCGGACGGGUGGGAGGUGCUUUUGCAGUGCCCCGCGUUGCACUUGGAUUGCGAGGGCUACUUCGCCGUUGCGUACAUCCACCGCCGCUCUCACCACUGCAUCAUCGCCCAGCGUGGCACCUCGGAGGUCUUGAGCCUGCGCGCCGGGGUCUGGAUCUACUUCGAGCAGCCGACCAUUCAGUUCUUCCUCGCCGAGCAGUUCUCGAAGGCGGUGCGGCACACGCUGGCAAGCAUGGAUGGCGGGCGGGGUGAAGAGUGGUUCGUGACCUACACGGGACACAGCCUCGGUGCCGUCAUCGCGACCUGUCGGGCGGUCGAGGAGGGGACGUUAGCCGUCACAUUUGAGUCGCCGGGCGCGCGGGCAUUCAUAGAAAAAAUACUCGACGCGCCUGCGGGGAUGGAUGCGUGCGCCGUGAAUUACCUCCGUGCGCCGAACCCAAUCAACUCCUUGAAGCCGCACUGCGGGUACGGCAUUGUGAUCCCGACGCAGCAGGUGCGUCUGCCCAGCGGGGUGCUGUUCCUCGCCCCGUCGCUGCCGCCCCCACCGGUAGACGAGGACGUGGACAAGGAGGUGCUUCACGGGGGCAUGGUGCCGAGCCGCGCCGGCCCCAGGGCACGUCCGGGCUCCACACCGCCACCACCACAGCGGCCGAUCAGUCCAAGCAAACAGAACGAAUCCUCGACGACCCUCGCAGCGGCAAAAUCUACCCCGGGUGGUGCGGUCGACGCCGCCAAGACGCCCGUCACACCACCUUCCCCGCCGAACAACUCGUCUGCGGCCGUUACCACACGUAGCAAAGACGGAGGCGGAGGGGAAGGAGGCGCGCCUGCCUGCGAUAGCGGCAACAAGAGCGUCGGCAGCAGCGGCAAUACAAAAGGAACAACGAAGAUGAGCGUGGUGCCGACAACAGGCAAUGCGAAGUACACGUCCCGAUGGCGCAUUCCUUCCUUUCGCCCGCAGCAGUAUCUGCGCGACUACGUCUUCAGCAACAUCGGCAUGGGCAUUCCAGAGCUGCAGCAGUACGUGAGUAAGAUAGAGCCGAUGAUUCGGGAGAUGCUGGAGCACACGCAGCAGGUGCACUCGAUCCACAGCAUGCGCAUCCACUUUGAACGUGCAGAUGAGCCGGGCGACGAGGAGGUCGUCCUCCGCUGGCCGGAGCACCUGCUACAGUUUAUGGAGUUCUACAACACGUUCCGUGCGCUGGAGGACCCGGAGAAUCAGGAGCCGCACGUGCGGGAGGCCUACCGUGGUAUGAUGCGUCGCCUCUACAGCACCGAGCCGCGCCGGCGGGACUGUAUUCCUCUCCGCUGCGUUGACCGAACGAGUCAGCUAGUGGUGCGACUGUGGUGGAGCAUGGAUGCCACGCAGCGCAAGCUGUGGCCGCUGUCGCUUCUGGAUCACAAGGCGUUGAAUGUUAUUUACAUCAAGGACGGCUACCUCUGCUCCUACGUGCUGAGCGCGCUGCAGGCGAAGCAGUACCUGAUGCGGCUUGUGGCCACGGCGAAGAUGAGCGAGUUGAUCGAUCAGUGGCGCAAGGAGAGUGUGGCCAGCGGUUCGCUCUUAGGACAGAGCAGGCUGUAG